CUCCCGUCCUCGCUGUUUGAACAUGCUGCUCGGGUAGCGAAGCCGACCGAGAGGAGCGUCUACCCUCUUUACACUCCUUCCCCUCUGGACACACAUACACACACACGCGCGUGGCUCAACUCAAGCACAACCAUGCUGAUCAAGGAGUAUCGCAUCCCCAUGCCAAUGAGCGUGGAGGAGUACCGCAUUGCUCAGCUCUACAUGAUCCAGAAAAAGAGCAGAGAGGAGAGCUGUGGCGAGGGCAGCGGGGUGGAGAUCCUGGAGAACAAGCCUUACGAGGAUGGCCCCGGCGGCUCGGGUCAGUACACGCACAAAGUCUACCACAUCGGCAAACACAUCCCGUCCUGGUUCUGUGCCAUCCUGCCUCAAGCUGCUCUCCGAGUGGAGGAGGAGUCCUGGAACGCCUACCCCUACACCCGAACCCGGUACACGUGUCCCUUUGUAGAGAAAUUCUCGAUAGACAUCGAAACAUAUUAUAAACCAGACACUGGAAAUCAAGCGGACGUCUUCUUCAACAUGUCCUCUGCUGAAAAGAGACAGAGGACAGUAGACCCCAUAGACAUCGUGAAGGACUACAUCCCUCCCCACGAGUACCUGGUGGAAGAAGACCCCAAACUGUAUCAGUCGGCAAAAACCAAACGGGGUCCACUGUCGGACGACUGGAUCGAGGAGAUCAACCAGAACCCCGGAGAAUGUCCCGUCAUGUGUGCAUACAAGCUCUGCAAAGUGGAGUUCAGAUACUGGGGCAUGCAGUCCAAGAUCGAGCGCUUCAUUCACGACGUGGGUCUGCGUAAAGUGAUGGUUCGGGCUCACCGGCAGGCGUGGUGCUGGCAGGACGAGUGGUACGGCCUGACCAUCGAGGACAUCAGGCAGCUGGAGCUGGAGACUCAGCUGGCUCUGGCUAAGAAGAUGGCCCAGUACAGCCUGAACGAAGAGGGGGGGGCAGAGACCAACGGCUCCUCCGUCAGCCAGGACCAGGAGCAGGAAGCGGAGGCCGUGGGAGCAGCUGCAGAGGCCGACGGAGGAGGAGGGAAGCUGGGAGAUUCACUGGAGACACGAGGGGAGCUCACCAAGCAGUGGUCAACAUCCUCGAGAUCCUCCAACAGGUCGUCCAAGAGAGGCGGGAGCCCGUCUCAUCAGAGCAUUUCAGAGUGGAGGAUGCAGAGCAUCGCGCGAGACUCAGAGGACAGUACGGACGACGAGUUCUUCGAUGCUCACGAGGACUUUUCUGACAACGAGGAGAUGUUUGCCAAGGAGAUCACCAAGUGGAGCUCCAACGAUCUGAUGGACAAGAUAGAGACGAUAGAGGUGGAUGAAGCACAAGAAACUUUGUACCAGGAGUCGGGCGGCGAGUACGCUGUGAUGAGUAACGAGGAGCGGCACGAGGAGGACUGUUCGUCUCAGCAGUGUCUCCAGCCGUCCAAAACUCACGUCCUCGUCCUGGUCCUACAUGGAGGAAACAUUCUGGACACUGGCUCUGGUGAACAGAACAGUAAGCAGGGAGAUGUGAACACGCUGAGCGGAGCCUUCGAGACGGUGAUGAGGGUCCAUUACCCUGCAGCGCUCGGCCGCAUCGCCAUCCGGAUGGUCCCCUGUCCCGCUGUGUGUGUCGACGCGUUCUCACUCGUCUCCAAUCUCAGCCCCUACAGCUACGAUGAGAGCUGCCUGUCCAGCAGCCAGGACCACAUCCCUCUGGCUGCUCUGCCUCUUCUGGCGACAUCUGCACCACAGUACCAGGACGCCGUGGCAACCGUCAUCUUACGAGCCAAUCAGGUGUACAGCGACUUCAUCAAGUCUCUAGAGGGAGCGUCUUUUAACGGGCAGGUGUGUGUUAUUGGAGACUGUGUUGGAGGCAUCCUGGGGUUUGAUGCUCUGUGCAGCAGCUCGGUGACGGUGUCGGAGAGCCAAAACAGCAGCAGACGAGGCAGCGCCAUCAGUGUACAGGACACAGACCUUCUCUCUCCAGGUAUCGUCAUAAACAGCGUCUCUCCGUCCUCGCCGUCCCUCGAAGGAAGCCGCCACCUCAGCCGCAGCAACAUCGACAUCCCUCGCUGCUCGGGGCCCGACGACCCCAAGAGACAACUUCCACGCAAACGCAGCGACUCGUCCACGUACGAGCUGGACACCAUCAAACACCACCAGGCCUUUUUGUCCAGUCUCCACUCCAGCGUGCUCCACGGGGAGCCCGGCUCACGGCGCUCCAGCAGCAGCACGAUGCUGGAAGGAGGCUCUUUGGGAAAGUUUGACUUCGAGGUGACGGACUUCUUCAUGUUCGGCUCUCCUCUGGGGCUGGUGCUCGCUCUGAGGAAGACCGUGGUGCCCUCGUUAGACGUGUCGGCUCUGCGUCCAGCCUGUCAGCAGGUUUACAACCUGUUUCAUCCGGCCGACCCAUCGGCCUCCCGCCUGGAGCCGCUCCUGGACAAACGCUUCCACCUGCUGCCUCCCUUCAGUGUCCCUCGUUACCAGCGCUUUCCUCUGGGGGACGGACACUCGGCUCUACUGGUUGAGACGGUGCAGAGUAACCCUCAGCUUCUGCUGGAGCCUGCAGGUGCGGCUUCCCACCGCGGCCAGGACAGCAACGUCAAUGAGACGUCUAUUCCCGUACCCGUGCUGAACUGGCAGACCCACACAGAGACGGAUUCUCUUCACUCACAUAUGUUUGUGGACGGGCAGUACCCGUCGUCCUCGUCACCUGGGGUCCCCCACCUCCGCUGCACCCGCCGGGCCAGCGAGGUCAGCAUCGCCAGCCAGGUGUCGGGCUUAGCUGACUCCUACACCGCCUCCAACAUCGCCACCACGCACAAUCGUGACGUCAGCCUCCGUAAACGGCCGAGUCUGCUGUCCCAGCUGGCUCUGCCCUACAGUAGGUUCGCCUCUCGGAGCCCGUCGCUGCGCUCCCGAAAGACGGUCCGUCCGGUGUUUCCCAAAAACAACGGCGUGAAGUCUGAGCAAAGCUCGGACGUUAGCUCCGACCUCACUGAUGUCACGUCUGACGUCACAGACAUCAGCUCGGAGCCCCCGUCACCCGGGGUGCUGAAGAACAUAGAGCAAGUCGCCUCUCGGUGGUGGGGCAGUAAGAGGAUGGACUACGCUCUGUACUGCCCUGACGCUCUGACGGCGUUCCCCACGGUGGCGCUGCCUCAUCUCUUCCACGCCUCCUACUGGGAGUCCACAGACGUCGUCUCCUUCUUACUCAGACAGGUGAUGAGACACGAGAACUUGAGUAUUUUGGAGCUGGACGGUAAAGAAGUGUCUGAAUUCACUCCGUCCAAACCGCGAGAGAAGUGGCUCCGCAAGAGGACUCAUGUUAAAAUCAGGAACGUGACUGCCAACCACCGAGUGAACGACGCCGUGUUCACGGAGGACGGAGCCCAGAUGGUGACGGGACGUUUCAUGUACGGCCCUCUGGACAUGGUCACCCUCACCGGAGAGAAGAUUGACAUCCACAUCAUGACGCAGCCUCCCUCCGGAGAGUGGGUGUACUUUCACACCGAGCUCACCAACAGCAGCGGACGUGUCUCUUACGUCAUCCCAGAGAGCAAAAAGCUCGGUAUCGGGGUCUAUCCUGUCAAAAUGGUGGUCAGGGGCGACCACACAGUCGCAGACAGUUAUCUGUCCAUCGUCCCACGAGGAACAGAGUUUGUUGUGUUCAGUAUUGACGGGUCGUUUGCUGCCAGUGUGUCUAUAAUGGGCAGCGAUCCAAAGGUUCGAGCUGGCGCUGUGGACGUGGUGAGAUAUUGGCAGGAUUUGGGGUACUUGAUAGUGUACGUAACGGGUCGUCCUGACAUGCAGAAGCAGCGCGUGGUCGCGUGGCUCUCCCAGCAUAACUUCCCUCAUGGCGUCGUCUCGUUCUGCGACGGGCUGGUUCACGACCCGCUGCGACACAAGGCCAACUUCCUCAAAGGCCUCAUCAACGAGGCGCACAUGAGGAUCUUUGCAGCCUACGGCUCCACAAAGGACAUCUCUGUGUACUCGUCCAUCGGCCUGCCUCCGUCACAUAUCUACAUCGUGGGAAGACCCACGAAGAAGAUGCAGCACCAGUGUCAGUUCAUCCCGGACGGCUACGCCUCCCACCUCUCGCAGCUCGAGUACAACCAGAGGUCCCGUCCCGCCAAGUCGGCCAGCACCCGCAUGGUCCUCCGCAAGGGCAGCUUCGGUCUGGGUGCAGCCGGAGGAGACUUCCUUCGCAAGCGCAAUCACAUCUUCCGCACCAUCUCCUCGAAGCAGCCCGGAGGAGCGGGCUCGGCCUCUCCCAACCAGCCGGGCCGGACCGAGCGAACCCAGAGCCAGUGCGAGAUGGAGCGGGAUCGAGGGGUCCUGCCAGCAGCCCAGAGGAGCAUGAGUAUAGCCGCGGGGUGCUGGGGGCGCAGCGGGAGCACCAAGGAGGGCAGCGGAGGGUUACUGGGCCCGAAAUAA